CUUAGUAUCAGAAUUUGCUUCGCUCCACUGGAACCACUAUACCUAACGGUUUAUUAAUGAUUUUCUACGAGAAAUUAAACGACUAGUGCUGGUGAAACGACACAAUGAGUGCAAACGACGAAUUCAAUCCGGAUAGUCUAAUAGCUGAAGGAAAAAACAAAACUAACGUAAAAUGUAGCCACUGCGACUCGUUAAUGUUAAAACCCGAUACAGCAGAUUACGUAGAAAAUGAGUUUGAGCUGCCGGAACCAUACCAAAAAAAGCGUCAGCAAGGAGUGGACGUAAGCGAAUUUGUGUGUAAAAAGUUCAAAGAUUUCUGGGUAGUCGCCGAUAUGUUCACAUUCGAGAAUAUUGGCUUUUCGCAUACGCACUGCAGCGUGUUAAGCACGAGGAGGACACGUGAAGUUUGCUGCUGCUUCUACGAUCAUCAGAAUGUCAGACGAUUUCCUUUUAAAUUCCAUGCAAACGAUUUGCAGAAUGCUACCAAGCUGAACGUACGGUAUUGUAACAAUUGAGUUUAAUGCUUACAUAAACAAUCUAAACUAUACACAUUACUUACAAUAAAGUAUAUACUAAUAAAAAGUAAGACAUUUCUUACAAUGAAUAUUCAACA